AUGAGAAUCUCAAGACUUCUCGGACUUGUCGGGGUGCUGGCCACCUCGCUCCACUCAGCACUGGCCGACGAGCCCACAGCUCAGACGUACAAAUACGAAUCCGACAUUACACGUCUUCGCUCCCUCGUCAUUCACUCUCUGUACUCGCACAAGGAUGUCUUCCUCCGCGAGCUCUUGUCGAACGCGAAUGACGCGUUAGAGAAGCUUCGCCUGACGGCGUUGACGGAUAGGGAGGUGAUGAAGUCUGGAGAGGCCAACGUCACUAUCGAAGUCAGGCUGGAUGAGGGAGGCAAGACGGGUCAGAUUGUCGUCAGGGAUACUGGUAUCGGCAUGACAAAGGACGAGCUGGCGCGCAACCUCGGUACCAUCGCUCGGUCUGGGACGAACGAGUUCCUCAAGAAGGCCGAGGAAGGCGGUGGGGCGGAUGGGAAUCUCAUUGGGCAAUUCGGACUUGGCUUCUACUCAUGCUUCCUGGUCGCUCCCACCGUCCGCGUCUCCUCACUACCACCCACAACAUCAGCCAACCCCAACCCAGAACAACACACCUUCGUCUCCACCUCUUCGGGCGACUCUUUCGACAUCUACCUGGACCCUCGAGGCAAUACCCUCGGCAGGGGGACGGAGAUUGUCCUCGAAAUCUCCGAGGAAGAAGCGGAAUGGCUGUCCGUGAGCCGGCUCAAAGGCCUCAUUGACAAGCAUUCUCAAUUCGCCACGACCUUCCCGAUGUACAUCAUGGAGCGCAAGACCACCAAGAUCCCCAUUCCACCUCCCCAGUCCCCCGAGGCAGACGGAGAUCCGGACGAGCUCAACGAUGAUGUCGACAAGGACGAGCAGACACCGAAAGAAGAGGAGUUUGAGACCAAGGUGGAGGAGGAGUGGGUGCAGGUGAACGACAAGGCGCCAAUCUGGAUGCGAGACCCCAAGGAUGUCCCUGAGGAUGAGUACCGCCAGUUCUACAAAGCUGUCGCGAAGGAUCAGUCUGCCGAGACUCUGGGCUGGGCGCACUUCAAGGGCGACACCGGCGCAGGCGUCUCCUACCGCGCCAUCAUGUACAUCCCCUCCAAGCUUCCCACAGACUUUUGGCAGAAAAUCACUAGCGGCAUCAACAACGUCCGCCUGAUGGUCAAGCGGGUCUUCAUCACCGACGACCUUGGAGAGGAGUAUAUGCCACGCUGGCUUAGCUUCUUGAAAGUCACCGUUGACGCGGACGACCUCCCCCUGAACGUCUCCCGCGAGACCCUCCAAACCAACAAGUUCAUUUCUCAGCUUCAACGUAUACUCAUCCGGAAAGCCAUCGACCUCUUUUCCCGCCUUGCAGGCGAAGAUCCGACAGUAUACAAGGAGGUGUCCAAGCUGUACGGCAAUGCUCUCAGGAUUGGGAUGCUGGAGAGCAAGAAGGACAAGGUCAAGAUUGCAAAGUUGUUGAGGUUUGAGAGUACCCGGAGUGAUUUCACAUCGCUAGAGGAGUAUGUUGAGAAUCGCAAAGAAGGUCAGAAGCAGAUCUACUUCAUGGCAGGUGUUGGCGAGCAGCCGAAAGAUCUCGCUCGGUCUCCGUUUGUCGAGAAGCUCAAGGCGAGGGGAUACGAGGUACUGCUCCUUAACCUGCCGUCGGACGAACCGAUGAUGGGUGCUUUGGACAACUUCAUGGGCAUGAAGACACAAGAUGUCUCGAAGAAGGGUCUGAAGUAUGGCGAUGAAGACGAAGAUGAGGCGGAGAAGAAGGAGCUCGAGGCGCAAAAGAUUGCGUUUGCGCCGCUUAUUGAAUGGCUCAAGAAGGAGCUCAAGAGCGAUAUCAGCGAUGUCAUACUCACAAACCGCCUCGUCACCUCCCCCUGCACCAUCGUCGUCGACUCUUACGGCUGGUCCGCCAACAUGGCCAAGAUCAUGUCAGCCCAGGCCGACGCCGAAAACGACCCCAUGUUCAAGAUGAUGAAGAACCUGCCUAAAAACCUCGAGAUCAACCCGAAAUCGCCACUUAUCGAGGGUCUGCUGGAGAAGAUCUUGGACCUGGAUCUCGCCCGGGAUGAGGAGGAAGGUGCGGAAGUGGAGGAAGGGCCGGAGGUGGUGGAGCUGAGAGAAACGGUCAAGGUGUUGGUGGAUACCACUUUGGUCAGGAGCGGGUUUACCGUUGCUGAUCCCACGACCUAUUUUGAGCGAGUCGAAGCUCUUCUCCGCCGAUCACUCGGCGUCUCCCUCUCCGCGCAGGGCCAGGCUAAAGUCCGCCCUGCCCCACCCACCGCCGCUGAGCCACUGGACGAGACGGAGCCGACCAAUCUCGAGGACUUUAUGAGCUUUGGGGAUGACGCGGAGGGGAUGCCGGAUGGACAGGACUUUCCCGAGUGGAGUCAGAUGAAGAAGAAUAUGGGUGGAGGCGGGGCGGGCGCGGUGGAGCACGAUGAGCUGUGA